AUGAGCGGAGAAGAAAGAAAAGGACUUGAGUCUUUUUUGAGUUUCGGUGGAAAGCUGAAAAAGCUGAAACGCGCGGGCUGGCUGCGGUACGUACACCCCAGCGACGUGGAAAGCGUCGCCGAUCAUUCUUUCGGAGUUGCAUUUCAUUUUUUGGGACUUCCCGAUUCGGACUUAGUCGUAAAUGGCCAACUCGCCGACAGAAACAAGUGCGCCGCAAUGGCCCUGGCCCACGACCUCGCGGAGUCCGUCGUGGGGGACAUAACUCCUUUGGAUGGAAUUUCAGAAAAAGAAAAAAGAGAAAAAGAAAAAAAUGCUUUUCUUUUUAUUUGCAAAUUUCUCGACGACAAACGCGCCAAAGAAGUCCGCGAACUCUGGGAAGAAUACGAACGAGGUGACUCCCUUUUAUUUCAUUCAAGUUGCAACUUUUCAAGUUUUGAAACAUUCAAAUUUUCAAGUUUUUAA